UUUGACAGAUGCAUAAAAUUGACAAGUAAACGAAAACAACGAGAAAAAGUAGAAAAAUCGUAAAUAAAUACAUAUAAAGUCUUUUAAUACUUUUUAUUGUAUUUAAAACGAAAUUGUAGUGAUUUAAAAUAUUUUUUACCGCAAUACAAAUUGUGUAUUAGGUUAUGUAUUCUUAUGACUCAAGGUGAUUAAGUUGCAAGAUGAUAUGAGAUUUCGAAGUCGUGAGUUCAUGUAACGUGCCUUAUAUGGGUUGAAAGGGUUUAUAAUUUGUUCCUGGUUCAACUUACGGUCAGUUAAGACAAAGAUUUCAAGAUGAGUGAUCGAGAAAACGCUAGUGGGUCGGGCUCCAAAGACGGAGAGAAAAAUGACCAAAAUAUGCGAAUUCCUUCACGGCCUAUACCCUCUGGUCCAAGCUAUUUUGCGAGUGAACCACUGCAAUUCCGUGUUCGCGGCUCAACAAUUACAGGUGCUUCCCCUCCUAAGUUUGUCACUUUGGAGGACAUUAUGAAAGCUGCUCAUGGCAUGCAGAAUAUGGCACUGGCUCAUGAGAUAGCUGUAGACCAAGACUUUAAGUUGGAACCUUUUGAACCGCCAGAUAAUAGCUACCAAAAGUUGGUGAAGGAAACAAUGCAUAGAGCAUAUUUUGACAUUCUCCGGGAACAGCUAAACUCAGAUCCACCGGAAUAUAAACAAGCUCUUGUCCUACUUGAAGAUGUAAAACAGGGUCUAUUCGCAAUACUCUUGCCAAGACACACGCGCAUCAAGGAGAUGAUAGAAGAAGUGCUGGACGGUGAUUUCAUAAAGCAGCAAGCGGAGAACAACAGCCUCGACUUUCAGAAGUACGCCAGUUUCGUGAUAGAUUUGAUGGCGAAAUUAGCAGCACCGGCUAGGGAUGAAAUGAUUCAGAAUAUAACACAGUUGACUGACACGGUCGAUAUUUUUCGUGCAAUAUUAGAAACGUUAGAAGUCCUAAAGCUAGACUUAGCCAAUACACUUAUAGCAAUGAUUCGUCCUCAUGUACAAAAGGAGAGUGUGCAAUAUGAAAGGAAUAAGUUUGAUGAAAUGCUUAAAGUCUCAGAAGAUGGUCUACAACAUACGAAACAAUGGCUCCAACGUCACAUUGAUAAAACUGGGCUCAGCAUACCUGUCAGCGACCAGAACAUCAUCAGAAAUGUUACAGCACAGACCUUGGCUAAGGCGUAUUUGGAACUCCUUGAGUGGGAUGAGUCAAAGAGUUAUCCUGAGACUGUAACGCUAGACAAGCCACGUUUCACAGAGCUAGGUACGCAGGUGUACCGCCUCAUUUGCGUGGCCUCGCUCCUAUUGGUCAGUCCGUCCUGUGGCAACGAUCCCAACGCGCACCAUAAACAACAUCUCAAAGACAAGAUAGAUAUAAUCAUAGACAACGCUUCUAAUGAUAUUGAGCUAAAAGCAGUAUUACCAUCAGUAGCAGAAGAGGUGAUACUGAUGACGGAACAGUUGCUGGAAACGAUGGGCCAGGAGCCCCUCACCUCGGAGACUAAAGAGUUGAUACGCACCCAGAUAAUUUCCUUGGGCGACCCGGAGCAUAGGGUUAGACAGAUUGUCCGUCAAAGGGUCCAAGAGUUCCUUAAGAUCAUCCUAGUGUGCGCCGGUGGGUCUAGACAGAUUCCAGUCGGUCUAUCUGCGUUUACUAAAGAACUAACCGCAGUUUCGGGCACUCUGCUGCGGUAUGUGAUGCAUAAUAAAGCCGUGUUCACUAAUCACUAUUUGGAGAUAAUUGCUGAAGAACUUUGUAAGAAUUAAGCAAAAUAUGCCUCGACUUGGGACCUCCGAUUUUCAUUAACCAGCAAUAUAUUUUGACACUUAUUUAAAUAAUUGUAAACUGUUUAUUAGUAACAUCUUAACAUGUGUUUUGAGUUCAGAAUUUGAUAAACUUGUAAUUUCUACGGUCAUGUAAUAUUAUGGCGUACUAGUGAAUCAUAUAGAAAUAUUAACAAUAGAAGUUUAUUGUUAUGAAAUAACCGAACAGAUCAUUGUUUCAGAAGUGAAAUUAAACCAUAAAAAUAUUAUGAAAACCCAAAGUUUUAGAAAAACAAAAGUAAAAAAAAAUAACGCCAAAUUUUAACAAAAAAAAAAAAACAAUUUUAUAGCCAUGAAAUUUUUUAUCCAUUCUUAUACACCUAAUAGUAAUAUAAGAUAAUUUCAACAAUUAAAUACACAAUUGGAACUAUAGCCGCCUAGAAAAUAUCUACUUAUAUUAGACCACGUGAAUCCAUCAAUAAAUUCUUGAAAAUUAUUUUUCAUUAUUAAAUAUACAGCAAUAAUAGGUAAUAAAUUAAUUUUCUUUUUAUAAUAGACUUGACUUGAAAAUUGACAAUAGACAAACAUGCUACGAACACAAAUGAAUGAAUUCCUCGUAUAUAUUUAAAAAUAUGUAUGAUAGUAUAUUUAGCAUGAUCUCAAUUGAAAUUGUUUGAGAAUUAUUUGUCAUUAAUAAAACAAAAGCCGAUAUUUAUGCAUUCCCUACGAUUUGUUAUUGACGUGAAACAAUGGUAAUAUUUAUUUGAGAAUAUUAAUUUCAUCAACUUUGAUGAUUUUUAUAAUGAAGUAUUUAAUAUUCUGUCUUCAUCAAAUGUGAAUGAAAUUGUUUUCUAAUCGUUAUCCGCAUUUAUUAUAGGACUGCUUUAAUCGUCUUGUCUUAAUGAAAUAAACCAUAAUUAUAUGGGUUGAGACUAUUUUUACAUUAAAUAAAUUAUUUAUUAAAUAAAACUAAAUUGAAUGGUAUACUUGUUUACUUUAUAGAAGACGUAAUAAUUAUAAAGACUGGAAGCACAAUCUUUAUACUAUGUUUAAUGAUCAAAAUUAUGUAACGUAUUUUUAUCCACUUUUUUAACUCAACCUUAUGCGAUAGUUAGUAACAGAGAAUAACUGUAUUAUUUUAGCAAAAAUAUUAUAACGCUGAUAAAUGAAAUGCUCUAAUAAAAUAUCGCUACUUUCA